UCUCUACAAAGUGGGAGCCUUUUCUGCUGGAAGGGCAGCCUUGGAGGACGUACAUUUUUAAUUGUGAUUUUGAUUCAUGUAAACAUUUAUCCAGAAACUUUGGGAUAUUUUUGUUUUUAAAAUAUUUUCGGUUCAGAAACCAGUUUCUGCCGCCAGCAUGAAUACUAGGGUGGGAUCUAAUGCAAAGGCGUCUUCUGGGAGUGGCAUGUGCGCAAUGAGCUGAGACAUCCCGGCGUCACUCGCCCCAGCCGUAGGAAGCAGCGCGAAAGGAAUCAUUCCAAGUUUGAGGACGACGCGAGUUCAUCCCCGUGAUCCGCUCUCAGGAACUGGACCGCUCUUCUAAAUCCAUGUCCGCAUCCACGAACCUCCCAUCGCUCUGGAAACAGAAGAGCGGGUCCAAGCUGAGGUCAUCUAAAACAGACUUAAAAACAUCAUUGGAUGAAUGUGUGGCGGCUCUGGACUUGUUUCUAAGCAACAGAUUUGAAGAUGCUUUGGCCAAGCUCCGUUCAAAAGCCAAAGACAGCAUGUACCACUCCUUGACUUAUGCCACAAUACUGGAAAUGCAAGCCAUGAUGACCUUUGAACCUGAGGAUAUUAUUAAUGCUGGGAAUACAAUGAAAGAUGCCCAAGCAGUCUGUCAAAAGUUUAGGAAAAAAAACACUGUUGCAGAUUCAAUCAACAACUUGAUGAACAGGCAAACUGCAGAGCAUUUCACUGAAGAGGAAAUGCAUGCUGAAGUCUGCUAUGCUGAAUGCUUAUUACAGAGGGCUGCUCUGACUUUCCUACAGGAUGAGAACAUGAUUAGCUUCAUCAAAGGUGGCAUCAAAGUAAGAAAUAGCUACCAGACAUACAAGGAACUUCUUAAUAUUGUGCAAUCAUCUAGCUACACCAAAGGAGAGAACUACAGCCAUUUGGAAGGAGGUGUUCAACUUGGAAUUGGAGCUUUCAAUCUAACUUUAUCUCUAUUGCCAACGAGGAUACUCCGACUUUUAGAAUUUGUUGGAUUUUCCGGAAAUAAGGAAUACGGUCUGGAACAACUACAGGAAGGAGCAUCCACUGAAAACUUUCGGGCUCUUCUUUGUACCAUGCUGCUUCUGUGUUAUCACACGUUCAUGAGUUUUGUACUAGGCACCGGUGAAGGUGACGUUGAUGAUGCAGAACGAUUACUGUUACCUUUUCUUAAACGGUAUCCAAAGGGUGCUAUCUUCCUGUUUUUUGCAGGAAGAAUUGAAGAAAUCAGAGGCAAUAUUGAUGCAGCAAUUUUACGCUUUGAGGAGUGCUGUGAGGCCCAGCAACACUGGAAGCAGUUUCAUCACAUGUGCUACUGGGAGCUGAUGUGGUGUUUUACUUUCAAACGCCAGUGGAAAAUGGCAUAUUUCUACGCUGAUCUAUUGUGUAAGGAAAAUUCGUGGUCUAAGUCUACAUACAUGUACAUGAAAGCAGCCUAUCUCAGCAUGUUUGGAGAAGACGACUAUAAGCCAUUUGGAGAUGAUGAAAUUGAAUUAUUCAGAAAAGUGCCAAAUAUGAAACAGAAAAUUGCUGGGAAGUCUCUGCCAACAGAAAAGUUUGCGAUCAGGAAAGCUCGCCGCUAUCUUUCACAGAAUCCUGUAAAACUCACAGUGCCUGCCUUGGAAAUGAUGUACAUUUGGAAUGGCUAUACAGUAAUUGGUAAACAUCAAGACCUGACAGAAGGCAUGCUUGAGACCCUUAACAAUGCUGAAAGGAGACUUGAUCGUGCCCCAGUAAAUGAGUACCUGAUGGAUGACCAAUGUUUGGUGAAGCUGCUUAAAGGUCUUUGUCUGAAACAUUUGGACAAACUGUUGGAAGCAGAAGAGUACUUCAGUUGGAUUCAUACGAAUCAGCAUAUGAUCAAGUAUGACCAUUACCUGGUUCCAAAUGCUUUACUGGAACACGGUCUUCUUUGCAUGCAAGAAGGGAGGAAUGAGGAGGCAAUAAAAUUUCUGGAAAGCGCAAAGCAAGAUUACAAGAAUUACUCAAUGGAGUCACGAACACAUUUUCGAAUCCAAGCUGCUCUUCUCAAGUUGAAAUCACACACACAAAAUGGGAAUCAAUUAUUGCUGCCUUCUCUAUAAGAGAUGUUUAAAUGAUCCUGACAAAACACCUACAAAAUCCACAUUGAUGAUUCACUUUUUUCUGGAGAAUGGUACAUCUGCAUUUACUGGUAAUCUGUUGUGAACUUUUUGUGGUAGAGAACAAUUGCAACUGGGCUCUCAGGAAUUAUGUGGACAACUGGGUUUACUUUGGUUCAGGGAAACAGUGAAUUAUUGGUUUAGUAAUUUACAGCACAAUUAUUUCUAAAUAAGUGUCCUUGUUGUAAAAAUGUAAAUACAUUAUUUCAUAUGCAACUAUAAUUGUACAAGAUUUUGGGUAUGUGGAAGCAAUAACCAUUGAUACAAAUAACUUCUGUUAUUAAAAUGUAUUACUAUUCAAAACUCAUGGACAUCCAAAAGAUAAUAUCAAUAUGUAUUUCAAGACAUAAACUACUUGCAUUUAAAUAGAGCAAAUAACGCACAUCAUUUUUAGCAUCUUUUAUUGUCAGUGACAGUGUCCAAUGUGUUUAGCCCAUUUCAGCCAAUAACAUGUCUUUUGAGAUGUCAGUUCAUAUUGAAGGUGUUUGAAAAAUAUUGUGAAGAAAGUGAUUGACAAAUGUGUGAACAGAGGCAGCUUUUGAUUUUUACUCUUAAAUAUGUUGCCUAUAGAAGAUUUUACAUGCUAUGAUGGCAUGUAAUUUAUUGCAAUAAAACUACACUUGCUAUUCUCCUAACCAACCGACAAAUCACAUUAGGACCUACACUCCCACUAAGUGGUAGGGCCCGAAUUCGGAAAAGCUUCAGCAUUCCACAACUUUCCCUGUGCACUGGCAGGUCAUUAGCAGAAUGGAGACAAUGACAAAACAGAAUGUAAAAAGUUGUACCAGGUAUUUUAUAUUCAGGGCUACUUUCCUUCAAAAUACAGGAGGUUUAAAAAAGUAAAUAAAAUGCCAUCUGUGAUUGUUUUACAUCGACAUUCUGGAAAUAAAAGGUGGUCAUUAGAAGGUAUUACUUUUUCCCCCUCUAUCCCCAGUUUUCAAUCUUUAUAUACAAACUUUUGUUUUUGACUCCACCAUCCAACUUUCUAGAUAUAAACAUACUGUGGUAUCUCCCUUCCAGAGAAAUAUGGCAAAGCUUUCAUAUGUCCAUAUCAAGAUGAGAACUUCUCCAACCCGUGAUAAUUAUUUCCUGUGAGAGGCAAAGAAUUUAGGACUAAAAGGAAAAAUACUUUGCAAGAUUUCUUUCUGAUCUACAGAGCCAAUUGAAAGCAAUUCAGGAGAUCACACAUACUUCAAUUGCAAGAUCCACUUGUAUGCAGUCUAGUCUCUGCCCUGGCCUAAAUCUGAUUCAGUUUCCUCUGAAAUGCUAAUUGGCACUCUGCACCAACUGGCAAAGUAUUCCAGUGAUUCGCUGUUUUUGUUUGGGAAAUGAAGAACUAACUUUCAAUCAAUUACCAUUUGUUCAUAAUUUAAAUUGACAUGGACCAUUUUCCCUGUCAUCAAAUUGAAAUAACCCAAUUAUAGUCACAAUCCCAGUUUUUCUUAUUUUCUGUAACUCUCCUCUGAGCCUUUGCUGUUUGAAAUAAAUAGUCUCAGUUCUUUGACCAUAACUAAGAUUCUUUAAGCCAGGGUUCAUUCUUGCUUAAAAUAGGAAUAUACCAACAAAUAUAAUUAAAGUGUGGUGUUUUUCUAUUUAUACAAGUGAGUGAGAGCAGUGCUCUUAAAAAGACCAAGUUUCCAUUUUGCCUUGUGUAAAGCAUAAAUACUCAAAAGCCAGGUAGGCAGAUAGAAAGUAAAGCACUUUGCACUCUGCUUAAGUACAAUGGUGGAGCUCAAUCUUCUAUAAUAUAAAUUGAAUUUUGUCCCUUAAAUACUGAAUAGAUUUAUGCAAUUGAAUAAGCUGCUAGGUAAUGCAAAGUUUUGCUUUACAAUCAUCUUCAAGGUAGUCAACUCUGGUUGAAUUCAGUCUUAGAGUAUCACAUUAUAUAAUGACCAACCCCAAUGGCCUUUCUUUAGUGGUCAUAAGAAUAUGAAGAAUAAAAUGCUUAAAGAGAACAAAAUUAUUUUAAGAGCCAAUAAAUUUCCAGUCAGGAGAAAAAUCAUCUUCAAUUUCUGGAAACUCCAGUUACUCUAUAAAACAUAAAUUUGAGAAUCCCAAGGAGCUUUUCACAUCCAAUUGACUUGACAACCAUAUUGCACAUUACACUGUUCAAGGUCCAAGCCAAAUUAAGUUUUUUUUUCUUAACAGGUAUCUUUGUAUAAAUAGUUCUCACGUUCCAUUGUGUUGAAAGGGCAAUAGAAAAGUAACAGUCCACCUGCUGCUGAAUUGAGAUAAUGAAAAUUGAAGGAUACCAUCACUUUGCUGUUAAAACAGGCAGAUUUAGCAGUUCUACAGUAGACAUGCAUCUCUUCAUUAUAUUUAUUAUUAAUCUAAUGCAUUGACUUGACAGAAACAUUGGAAAACAUUGCAUUUAAGCUACACAGUCUGAAAUAUGUCAUUUCUUCAUCAAGGGUAUCAUGGAAUUGGGUCCAUAAUUAUAGAAUUUGUAAAUGAGAUACGAGUUUUGACAGCUGAUUAUAUGUUCUGCUGGAUUCAGGACAAGAAAUACUGUUUCAUAUUGUUUAAACAUUAAAAUUUUAAAUAUUUAGCUUUGUCAUUGUUUAUAUUUAUGAAGUCAACCAUAAUUAAUACAGCUUACGUGCAAAUUACUAAUAGUUACUUAGAUUUAUUUAGUAUCUUUAAAAUAGGAAACAUUACAAAACAUCACGGUUCAUAUGAACAACGUUUAAUAGUGACUCAGCAAAAGAGGACAAGGAGUCACAAAAGGCAAGGUUUAAAAGUUUAAGGAGAUCCUAGGAUAAAGUAGUAGUACAGGGAAGGAUUUGAGUUGGCAUCAAGCGCAGAAGUGAGUCUGCUCCACCAUUCUGUCAUGGCUGAUUUAUUUUUCCCCUCUCAACCCCAUUCUUCUGCCUUCUCCCCAUCAACUGCUUUAAAUAUACCCAAAGACUAGGCCUCCACAGCCACCUGUGGCAAAGAAUUCCACAGAUUCACCACCCUCUGGCAAAAGAAAUUCCUCCUCAUCUCUGUUCUAAAGGGGCAUCUUUCUAUUCUGAGGCUGUGCCCUCUGGUCCUAGACUCUCCCAUUACCGGAAACAUCCUCUCCACGUCCACUCUAUCCAGGCUUUUCAAUAUUUGGUAGGUUUCAAGGAGAUCCUCCCUCAUGCUUCUAAACUCCAGCGAGUAUAGGCUCAGAGCCAAACACUCCUCAUGCAUUAACCUUUUCAUUCACAGGAUCAUUCUUGUAAACCUCCUCUGGACUCUCUCCAACACCAGAACAUCCUUCCUCAGACAUGGGGCCCAAAACUGCUCACAAUACUCCAAAUAUGGCCUGACCAAUGCGUUAUAAAGCCUCAGCAUGACAUCCUUGCUUUUAUAUUCUAGUCCUCUUGAAAUCAAUGCUAACAUUGCAUUUGCCUUGCUUACUACCAACUCAAUUUGCAAAUUAACCUUUAGGGAAUCCUGCACUAGGCCUCCCAAGUCCCUUUGCACCUCCUGAAUUCUCUCCCCAUUUGGAAAAUAGUCUACACCUUUAUUCCUUCUACCAAAGUGCAUAACCAUACAUUUCCCAAUGCUGUAUUCAAUCUGCCACUUCUUUGCCUGUUCUCCCAACUUGUUCAAGUCCUUCUGCAGACUCCCUGCUUCCUCAACACUACCUGCCCCUCCACCUUUGUAUCAUCCACAAACUUGGCCACAAAGGCAUCAAUUCCCAUCCAGAUUAUUAACAUAACGUGAAAAGUACCAGACCCAACACCGACUUCUGCGAACACCACUAUCACCGGCAGCCAACCAGAACAGGCCCCCUUUAUUCCCACUCUUUGACUUCUGCCAGUCAGCCAAUCUUCUAUCCAUGCUAGUAUCUUUCCUGUAAUACCAAUGAUGGAAUAAAGAGUGAAGGAUGUGUAAUGCUGCCAGAGAUGAAAGAACAUAGUAUUCUUAGUGUUGUAGGUGGUUAGGAAGUAAUAGAGCAGUGAGAAAAGAAAGUAAUUUCAGUAUGAGGAUGACAUCUUCAAAUGAGAGAUUUUAGUGGACCGGCAACUACUCAGUUAUCUCAAAUAAUGAUGAGUUGGAGUACAGGAAGGAGAUAGUGAGUUUAGUGGAAUGGUGUCAUGACAACAACCUUUCCCUCAAUGUCAGCAAAACAAAAGAGCUGGUCAUUGACUUCAGGAAAAGGGGUGAUGCACAUGCACCUGUCCACAUCAACAGUGCUGAGGUCGAGAGAGUCAAGAGCUUCAAGUUCCUGGGAGUGAAUAUCACUAAUAGCCUGUCCUGGUAGAACCACGUAGACGCCACGGCUAAGAAAGCUCACCAGCACCUCUACUUCCUCAGGAGGCUAAAAAAAUUCGGUUUGUCCCCUUUGACACUCACCAAUUUUUAUCGAUGCACCAUAGAAAGUAUCCUAUCUGGAUGCGUCACAGAUUGGUAUGGCAACUGCUCUGCCCAGGACUGCAAGAAACUGCAGAGUUGUGGACGCAGCCCAGCGCAUCACAGAAACCAGCCUCCCCUCCAUGGACUGUCUAUACCUCUUGCUGCCUUGGUGAAGCAGCCAGCAUAAUCAGAGACCCAACCCACGUGGGUCAUUCUAUCUCCUCUCCCAUCAGGAAGAUGAUACAAGAGCCUGUGGGCACAUAACACCAGUCUCAAGGACAGCUUCUAUCCCAGUGUGAUAAGACUAUUGAAUGGUUCCCUUAUACGAUGAGAUGGACUCUUGACCUCAAUCUACCUUGUUGUGACCUUGCACCUUAUUGUCUACCUGCAAACCUGUAGCUGUGACACUUUACUCUGUACUCGUUUUUACCUGUACUACCUCAAUGCACUCUGUACUAACUCAAUGUAUCUGCACUGUGUAAUGAAUUGAUCUGUACGAACAGUAUGGAAGACAAGUUUUUCACUGUACCUUGGUACA